GAUAAAGUUUAAGAAAUUUUUUGGUAAGCCCUCUGACUGUUCUCUUUUACCCUUUGACCUCACAGCUGUGCCGGUUCACCACCCCCGUCCCCCAUCUUGCCGUCUACUCCGGCCUAACAGACUCCCCCACCACCAACGCCUCGUCCUCUCACCCCUUCCUGGCCCACACCCCGACCUGCCCGUCCCCCAUCAGCGUGGCCUUAGACAGCACUUCAACCUCUGAGUGGCGAGGGCAGGCAGGGGAUGGAGAAGGUGAGGGGAACCCUAAAACCCGGACCCCAACAGGAGGACAUGCAUCUAAGUCACGUAUGGCUCUUUCCUUGAGGCGUCUGCUGAGGCGAAGCUGCACCCCAUCCGGCAUGUUCGCCAGCCUGUCGCCUAAAUGCCACUCAGCUGCUGGGACAAGUAGCCGCAUCCAGCCAAUCAGCCCAGACCAGCCCAGUCAGGCUCCGCCCAGACGGUUGGGGAAUUUUUUCCAGAUUAAAGUGGAUAUACCUCCAGAGUGCCGUAUCUACCCCAUUGAGUCGGAGGACGAGGAGGAGGAGAACAGAGCUCCCUCUCGAGGAGUCGGAGCCAAAGAGAUCAUCUGCCCCUGGGAGAGCCUCACGCCACAGAAUGGGACGGACUAACACGAUGACUCUGUACAUGAAGAGCACUAUGAAGAGCACAGAUGUAUUUCUGUAAGCUACACCAACCAUCAAACAUCUAAAUGAGAGAAAAAAAAGGGUAAAAUGCUUUUAUUGCCCCAGUGUAGACGCGGCCACAUUAUAACCAUCGGGCCACAAACAUGAUGUAGAAAUCGCAAACCAGCAACUCUGACACACUGAAGACAUGGCUGUUGGCCUAUAAUACACUGAGCAUACACGCAUUCUUUACUAAGGCACACUUUGGCAGAAAUAUAACUUUUCCAUACAGGUCUAUAUUUGUCACACUCACUGGAGAUCAGCAUUUAAUGUGAAAAACAGUGUUUCUUUAACCAUAGCCUUAUUUUUACUAAUCUUACUGAUGUAAGCACUAACUGAAGCAGCUGUUCAGACCAGUGGUUUGUGUCCAGAUAGACCAAAAGAAGACCUUUACAGAGAGGAAGUAUAUUUCAAGUUCAUUUUAUGAAACUUUUUUGUGUAAAGCUCAACUACAUUUCCCUUGAAUACUUUAGUGUCAUGUCACUGAACUAAUAGUAUACUUUGAAGUAAACUGUUCAGAUCUAAAUUUGUCCUCUUUAGGUUGCAAAAAUAUACUUUUAAAGGUGCAGUAUGUGCUAAUGUGAAGCUUGUUUUGGAGUCUUAGCUAAUUUAUCAAGCUAGAAAAUAAAUUGGAAAUGAUAAAGCAAUUAAUACAUGCUAAUCUUACUUUUAUCACUUUUAUGUAUAUUUUAAGUAAACCCAAUUUAGAUUGAAGUUUUAUUUUGUCUUACAAAUAUAUUGUGAGUUAUACUAUAAGUGGACUUAUGGACUACUUAAGCACUGUGCUUUUGACUGUUUUUGUUAAUGAAAACAUUAAAAGUAAAAAUGCUUAUAUAAUAUUAGUCCAUUUCAUAGUUUAUGAACACAUCCUCAGUAUUCUUUAUAAUUAAUAUUUUAUCCAUUUAGUUUCAUUUUGUACUGCUAUUAUACUAGAAGUAGAUGUAGGUAUACUUUACUUGAUAGCUGCUCAAAAGGUGACAGCAUUAGUAUAUUAGUAUAUUGCAGUACAUUAUUAUUAGUAGUAAAUUACAUAGUACUAGUAGUAUUAUCAGCAUAAGUUCACUUGUAACAUAAUUUCAUCAAUAAAAGAUUCAUUCAGGUACAUGUCAGAUGUACUUAAACUCAUCAGCAGUAUCUUCAUAUUGUUUUGUUAAAUACAUUAUGUCAUUAGUGCGUACAGGUACAUAAAAUGUAGCCUGAAAGCAUCAUUUUUUGUUUUUAAUUGAAAAGACAUUUGCUAUACUAUCACACUUGAAUUACUUAUUUUUUGUAAGGGAACCUGGGGUAGAAACAUCCACUGGCUUUCAGAUCCUGAGCUGUAGCUAUCACCUUUAAACCUCAUACUGCCUGUCAUAUAGUAGCCCAACAGCAGCCUUACCCGACUUACCGCACCGGACAUACUUUGUCUUUAGGCCUUUUGAUGUUUCUGUAAAGCACGGACAUGAGGGCGAGAAAAAAAACAAAAUUAUAAAUUUUUUUUGUGUUACAAUGGGAACAAUUUUAUGAGCGUACUCAAUCAGUUGUACAUGUAACUGAUUUGCUACAGAUAAAAUAUUGAAAUGUUUACAUGCUGAUGAGCGAUAAGCCAAAGCAGACAGACACUGUUGGCCUGUUCACAUGCCUGUUAACAAAUUACAGAUGAUGUAUUUGUAUUGUUAUUUCACUGAAUAAUGACCAGACGUAGAGAAGUGUCCUUGUGCUGCUAAAUAGAUUUAGAUGCCUCAUCCCCAGUUUAUUACCUCCUACACACAUUAUGUGAAAUAGAAGCACUUCAGGUAAAAUGAGAGCACAUGAGCAGCUUGUCUACAUGUUGCUGUUCCUGUUAGAUCAGAUCUGACAUGGGUCCAGUAAUAGUUUUCUAUUUGGCUGUUUUGUACAUAUUGUGUAGUCAUUAUACACUGCCCUGAGCGAGGUGUUAAUAUUUCUCUCAUGUCUCUCUGUGGAGGACAGUACAAUGUGAAUUAACUGUCAGAAUGUAUUAACUUGACCAUGUUUACAGAUGCAAGAAUGUGAAAAAUACCUUAACUUUGAUGUAUUUGAUUUGUACAUUCCAUGGCUUGUGUCAAGUGCCUCAAUAAAUUACUGUCUUAAAAAA